GAGGUCCGAGCCGCGCGCGCUGGGUCCCCGACCCGUCUCCGCGCGCGUGGUUGCCGUCGCCGCUUCCGCACCAUGGCUUUCGUCACCAGGCAGUUCGUGCGCGCCGCGUCCUCCUCGGCCGCCGCCUCGGCCGCAGCCAAGAAGAUCAUGGUCAAGCACGUGACGGUCAUCGGCGGCGGGCUGAUGGGCGCGGGCAUCGCGCAGGUUGCUGCAGCAACUGGCCACACAGUAGUGUUGGUGGACCAGACAGAGGACAUCCUGGCAAAAUCGAGAAAGGGGAUUGAGGAAAGCCUCAGGAGGGUGGCCAAGAAGAAGUUUGCAGAAAACCCCAAGGCUGGUGAUGAGUUUGUGGAGAAGACCCUGAGCAGCAUAUCGACCAGCACAGACGCAGCGUCCGUCGUCCACAGCACGGACCUGGUGGUGGAGGCCAUCGUAGAGAAUCUGAAGGUGAAGACCGAGCUCUUCCAGAGGCUGGACAAGUUUGCCGCCGAACACACAAUCUUUGCCAGCAACACUUCCUCUUUGCAGAUUACAAGCAUAGCCAAUGCCACCACCAGACAGGACCGAUUUGCCGGGCUCCAUUUCUUCAACCCAGUGCCCGUGAUGCGGCUUGUGGAGGUCAUUAAAACUCCCAUGACCAGCCAGAAGACGUUUGAAUCUCUGAUGGACUUCAGCAAAACCCUGGGAAAGCAUCCUGUUGCUUGCAAGGACACGCCUGGGUUUAUUGUGAACCGUCUCCUGGUGCCGUACCUCAUGGAAGCAGUCAGGCUGUAUGAACGAGGGGACGCGUCUAAGGAGGACAUCGACACUGCUAUGAAGUUGGGCGCUGGGUACCCCAUGGGCCCAUUUGAGCUUCUCGAUUACGUUGGGCUGGAUACCACGAAGUUCAUCUUGGACGGGUGGCAUGAGAUGGAUGCAGAGAACCCCUUGUUUCAGCCCAGCACGUCCAUGAACAAGCUGGUGGCAGAGAACAAGGUCGGCAAGAAAACUGGAGAAGGAUUUUACAAAUACAAGUGAUGCGAAGCUUCUCUGGCUCCGGGAGGAACCCCCGUAAGCAUGCACAGCAGCGCUCCCAGUGCCCGGGAAUGCCCUCCGGUCAGAGGUUCCCUCACACCGUGCAGUCUGUUCCCGUGCAUUCUGAUUGUAAUCUCCCUGAAGUAAUUAUUUACACUAGUUACCGUAAUAGCAGGUUCCUUCAUUGAGAAUUAAUCUCUUUUUUAGUCUGUUUGUUGCUGUGUAUUUUCUAAAAAGCUUUACACCCUUGGUGCCUUGGAGCAAACAUUUCUUUUGAACCUUGUCAUUUUCGUAAAGAAUUGCCUGAAUCCAUCCCCUUGUGAAGGGGAAAGUGCUUCCUCCGAGAUCGUGCCGUGUCCCUCACUGCAGUGGGAGAGUCCAAGCGGUCGACUCUGGCGAGCGGGUCUGAGGUGCUGCCGAGAGCAGCUGCUGCCUCUGGCCUGCGUGGAACACUGGCUCCUGCAGCUUCAGGCCGUACCCUGGCGUCUUGGGUGUGACAUAAGAUGUCACGUCCUUCUUCAACUCGUCAUCAAGACAUUGCUGCUGGAUCGGGGGGAAUAUCUCCGUGUGCUUGGUCUGCGGGAAGGGGUUUCAUUCAUAUCAGAAAUCUGGAUGAUUAUUGUCUGUCUCUCUCUUUUUUUCCAUGAGAAAUCAUUGCUGCAAACUGCCUAUAAAUUGACUCUAAUGAAAUGCAGUCUUUUAAUCUGUGAAAAUUUAAAUUGAAAUAAACGUAUGUAUAAUUUAAAA